UCGCCCCGGAUCCUGGUCCGACCCUAUCGAUCGAAGCCCCACCCCCGCCCGACGCAGGAGACCGCGGCCGCCACUGACCCAUCCCCACAUACCACACACGUAUCCCCCACCUCCUCAGAUCCGAGCGCCAUGGCCGCCCACCUCCACCUCCACCCGCAUUGCUAUGCCUACCGCUAGCGGCUUCAUGGCCGCCGCCGCCUCCUGCCGGAACCCGCUCGUCUGGUUCUUCUCCCUCGCCGCCGCGCUCUUCUUCGCCUCCUGGUACCUCCUCCUCGACUCCGCCGCCGCCCCGGCCGCGCUCGAUGCCCGCCGCCAGGGGCUCCCCUCCGCCUCUCCUGGCAGGAAAUGCGAUCCGGACAAGGCGCUGCUGCGCGUCUACAUGUACGACCUGCCCCUCGAGUUCCACUUCGGCAUGCUCGACUGGGAGCCCGGGAGCGGCGGCGGCCUUUGGCCGGACGUCAGGCACGGCGUGCCGGAGUACCCCGGCGGGCUCAACCUGCAGCACAGCAUCGAGUACUGGCUCACGCUGGACCUCCUCGCCUCCGAGCAGGGCGCGCCCACGCCGUGCAACGCCGUCCGGGUGCGCGACCCCGCCAGGGCCGACGUCGUCUUCGUGCCUUUCUUCGCCUCCCUCAGCUUCAACCGCCACUCCAAGGUCGUGCCGCCCGCGCGGACCAGUGAGGACCGGACGCUGCAGCGGAGGCUGAUCGAGUUCCUCGCCGCGCGGCCAGAGUGGCGGAGGUCCGGCGGGAGGGACCACGUCGUGCUCGCGCACCACCCCAACGGGAUGCUCGACGCGCGCUACAAGCUCUGGCCCUGCGUCUUCGUGCUCUGUGACUUUGGGAGGUACCCACACAGCGUGGCCAACAUCGACAAGGACGUCAUCGCCCCGUACCAGCAUGUCGUCGACGACUUCUUGAAUGAUUCCACCGGCUACGACGACCGGCCGACCUUGCUCUACUUCCAAGGCGCCAUUUACAGGAAAGAUGGUGGUUUCAUCCGACAGGAACUUUACUAUCUUCUCAAAGAUGAGAAAGAUGUGCACUUCUCAUUUGGAAGUGUGGCUGGUAAUGGGAUUGAGGAAUCGACACGAGGUAUGAGGGCAUCCAAAUUCUGCCUCAACAUUGCAGGGGAUACGCCAUCUUCCAACCGCCUAUUCGAUUCCAUAGUCAGUCACUGUGUGCCCGUCAUUAUCAGCGACGAGAUUGAACUCCCAUUUGAAGAUAUGCUUGACUACUCCAAGUUCUGCAUCAUAGUUCGUGGUGCAGAUGCUGUCAAGAAGGGCUUUCUGAUAAAUCUGAUCAAAGGAAUAAGCCCAGAAGAGUGGACAAGCAUGUGGAACAAACUGAGGGAGGUAGAAGGGCACUUUGAAUACCAGUACCCAUCUCAGCCCGAAGAUGCUGUCCAGAUGAUCUGGAAGACCAUAGCUCGAAAGGUGCCCUCAAUUCGGCUGAAGGUUAACAGAUUACGCAGAUUUUCUUGGACUGAAGCAAACAAAACAAAUGACUCUCCUGCAAGAUCUUCCUGGCUAGAAAAUCAAGCUCGUUGAUUUUGGACCAACAAACUAUCCCAGCUGGUUUUCAGUCCUCUUGCAAGAGGAGAGUGUCCAUAGUGAAGCUUAGCUUGAACCUCAAAGCCGGGAGCAACAGCUACAAGAGAUUAAUGGAGUAAAGUACUCCCAAUACAGUUUACCAUCACAAACGUUACAGAUCCGAGGGCCUGAUUUUUGUUCUCCUCCAAUUUUCAUCGAAAAUGUGUUCAACCAUGUAGAUUAGGGACAAUAACAUUUUGUAUCAGAAUCUGUAUAUUCUAGGCAGUAGCGUGAUUACUGAUCAUUUCCACUGAAGUCUUAUCCUACUUGACAGGUGUAACUUUCCAUUCUCGGAGCAAGAGUUUUUACGGUUCCUUGCUCGAUCCUAUCAAUGUGAUAUGUGCAGAUGCCCGGCA